CCAAAAAUGAAAAAUCAAAACCCUUGAAUUGGGAAGAAAUCCCAUGGAAAUCGAUCGCGUUGGUGUGAAUUUGAUCAUGGGCGGGUGUUUCUCCGAUGUCAAAGGCGGCAAAGAAGCCGUCGGCGGCGAUGGAGCGGCGCAGCGGGUCAACGACGCUGUUGACCACUUCCUCCAGUCCAAGGGUUUCCGUGGCUUGUAUACGUCCCUUGAGUUGUCAUUGAGCGCAUCAGACUUGCGUGACCUUGAUAUAUUCUCAAAGAGUGAUCCUAUGGCGGUUAUAUAUUUGAAGAAGAAAGGUGGUGCGCUAGAAGAAUUUGCCCGGACAGAAGUUGUAAUGAAUACAGUUAAUCCUGUUUGGAUUACAAAAUUUACAAUUAACUACGAGUUUGAGACUGUUCAACAAUUAGUAUUUCGAGUCUAUGAUGUCGACUCUCCAUAUCAUAAUGUACCUGUAAAGAUGCUGAAAGUUGGUGAGCAAGAUUUUAUAGGAGAAGCUUCCUGUGCUCUAUCUGAGAUAGUAACCCGACGAGAUUGUAGUUUAACUCUUAGUCUUCAAAAUCCUAGUGUGUCAUCAGGCCAGAGACUAGGAAGCAUAACUGUGCGUGCAGAAGAAACAUUUGUAUCCAGGGUCGCUGUGGAGAUGAUAUUCCGCUGCAUUGACUUGGAAAAUAAAGAUAUCUUCUCUAAGAGUGAUCCCUUCUUGAGAAUAUCCAAAGUUAUGGAGGAUGGGAUGGUGGUUCCAAUAUGCAAAACAGAAGUGAUCGACAACAAUUUAAAUCCUGUGUGGAAGCCUGUGGUAUUAACCGCACAGCAGUACGGAAGCAAGGAGAAUCCAUUAGUUAUUGAAUGCUUUGAUUUCAACAAGAAUGGUGUUCAUGAGCUUUUAGGAAAAUUUCAGGGAAGUAUAGCGGACCUAGACAAACUCAGCCAACAAAAACUUGGUGCAAACUUUUAUCGCCCAUCUUCUGUUAACCAUGACCAUCAAAAGAUACUGAAAGGCCAACUUUUUGUGGACAAGUUUUCUGAAAAAAUCCAGCACAAUUUUCUGGAUUAUAUUUCUAGUGGGUUUGAGCUCAACUUUAUGGUGGCUAUUGACUUCACAGCUUCAAAUGGAAAUCCACGUUUCCCUGAUUCCUUGCAUUAUAUUGAUCCUUUUGGACGCUUGAAUGCUUAUCAGCAGGCCAUUGUUGGGGUUGGAGAAGUUAUUCAGUUUUACGAUUCAGAUAAGCGGUUUCCUGCAUGGGCUUUUGGUGGAAGGCCAGCCAAUGGGACAGUAUCCCAUUGUCUAAACUUAAAUGGAAAUCCCCGUGAAUGUGAGGUUGUGGGCAUAGAGGGUAUUAUGAGUUCAUAUUCAAUGGCCUUGCACAACCUUUCUCUUGCCGGACCAACUUUAUUUGGACCUGUGAUCAACAAGGCUGCCGAACUUUCUGCUCAGAGCAGUUCCUCUUAUCAGAAUAAGUACUUCAUACUACUAAUCAUCACAGACGGAGUUGUUACCGAUAUUCAGGAAACUAUCAAUACCAUUGUAAGGGCAUCUGACUUACCACUGUCAAUUCUCAUAGUUGGUGUAGGAGGUGCUGAUUUCAAGCAAAUGGAGAUCUUGGAUAGUGAUAACGGAAAACGAUUACAGAGCUCUACAGGCCGGUUAGCUACACGAGAUAUUGUGCAGUUUGUUCCUAUGCGAGAUGUCGCUGGAGAAAUUUCUAUUGCGCAAUCACUUCUCGAAGAACUUCCAGGUCAAUUCCUCGAAUACAUGCGAAGCAAGGGUAUCAAACCUCUAUAUUGAGCCCGUCUGUUCUGCGGACGGCACACUCCUUUUCGGUACGAGAACCUCGUUACUUUUUUCUUUUUUUAUUUUUAUUUUUGAAUGUAUUUAGUUGCUAUAAAUUCAUAAGUAUUAAUGUGAAUAAAUUCAAAUACUAAUCAGUAGCAAGUACUCAUAGACGACGAGAAUUGGUACAUGUGAGCUGUGGAUGUCGUAGAACUUUCUCGACAGAAACUAAUUCCUUGUGCAGAAACUUACCAACUGAUCCUAAUUGGUACAUUUUAUCUGUCGAUAUAGAUUUCAAAUUCAAGUCAAUAACUUUAGGUUUUAGUGCUACAUUCUAUGCAUCUUUGGUUGUUAUACAGUUCAAUUUAUCGGUUUCUAUUAUAUUCGAUGUCAACUCAUCAAACUUCAUGUAUAUAUA